UAACAUUUAAUUACGCGCUGAUAGGAGUCGAGAAGGGAGCGCUAGGAGAAAAAAGUCUACUUCGCGGUAUCUCCGGAACCUGUUUGAAGCGUAUCUACUAGGAUAUUACGACUAAAUGUUAGGAACUGAUGGCGUUAUGUAAAUCGUUAUCGCGCAAAUCUAUUUGCACAACAUUGCUAGAUGACAUUGGAAGAUAGUGCGUCGGUGACGUUUUUAGCAAGCUUGGUGGUUAGUCCGCGUUUUAUCGAUGAAGCAGACAGGAUUUUUUUGUACUUAUCAAUAAUACUAUCAAACAGUGUCUAGAGAUGACGUUUGAGGAUUCGUGGGAAGCUGUCAAACAGGCGGCAGGCGAAAACAGGCACGAACUGGUGUUGACAGGCGCGUCGGUGUCCAAGUUGGUCGAAAAAUCAGGCUUGGACAAGAACUUGUUUGAUCUUCAUAAUUUAAAUUAUCUCUGUAUAACACAGACAUGUCUCCAAAAUGUACCGGACGAGAUCGAGAAACUGACAAAUCUUACAACUUUGGUGCUGCAUUCAAACCAGAUCGACACGCUACCAAACACAAUCGGCAAACUGAUCAAGAUAAAACUGCUCGAUUGUUCAAGAAAUAAAUUAACAUCUCUUCCGCAGACAUUAGACAAUCUUCCUCAGUUAAGCACGAUGAACUUUGGUUCGAAUCUAUUACGAUCUAUUCCGUCACAAUGCACAAAUACUAAAUUAAGCAUUCUGGAUUUGUCAAACAAUCGUUUGGAAACCUUCCCUGAUGUGUGCUAUGCAGAACUUAUUCAUCUGUCAGAGAUUUAUGUCAACGGGAAUCAAAUAAGAGAAAUACCAAUUGCUAUAAGUCGACUUCAAGCCUUGAAAGUAUUAAAUAUUGCAGAUAAUUUGAUCUCUGUUAUUCCAGGUGAAUUAGCAGAUUGUGGCAAAUUAAAAGAAGUUAAUUUAAAAGACAACAAAUUAACUGAUAAGAGACUUUUAAAACUGGUCAAUCAAUGUCGUUCAAAGCAAAUUUUAGAUUAUGUCAAAUUACAUUGUCCAAAGUGUAUAUCAUCUGUAGAAGUUGAUAAAUCAAAAAAGGGAAAAAAGAACCAGAAACUUAGCGAAAGUGAAAAUACCAGUGAAGUAGAUAAUUUGACACAUAAAUUGAGGAUAUUAAAAGUAACAGAUAGUACACCUGUAAUAAAAGUUACAAAUAAGGUGAAGACUGUCAGACCUUAUAUAGUGGCAUGUAUUGUGAAAAAUAUAAAUUUCACAGAUGCAAGUUUCAAAAAGUUUAUUCAGCUGCAGACAAAAUUACAUGAUGGAAUAUGUGACAAAAGAAAUGCUGCUACAAUAGCAACUCAUGAUUUUAAACUUAUAGCACCUGGUGACUUAACAUAUACAGCGAUGCCACCAACAGAAUUAAAAAUUAAACCUUUAAUGCGCAACAAUACUUACACAGCAAUAGCUCUGUUUCAACAGUUGCAAACAGAAGCUGAGAAUCUACGUAAGGAGAAGAAACGAAAUGUGUACUCUGGAGUACACAAGUAUUUAUAUCUGCUAGAAGGCAAACCUUUAUUUCCAUGUUUCAUAGACAAUUCACAGCAAGUUAUAUCAUUACCACCUAUUACAAACAGUGAUGUAACAAAGAUGUCUGUCUCCACUGACACAAUGCUCGUGGAAGUAACAAGUACUAUUUCAUAUAUAAUUUGCAGAAAUGUGUUGGAUGAAUUUCUGAAGGAACUAGUAAUCUUAGGUUUUACUGACACGUGCAAACAGAAGGAGACUAAAAAGUAUAAUAAUUUAAUUGUCGAGCAAAUUAAAGUGGUCGAUACUGAAGGAAAUAUGAAAUUGGUGUAUCCUUCGAGAGCAGAUUUAAAUUUUGAUGAUCAUUCUAUUAUUAUAAUGCGAGAACAACAAAUGACGUAAUGCUAUUCAAAUAUUACUUUAACAUUAUAAUAUGUUACACGUUGAUUGAUUUGUAUAAUGUUUAUACAUGUUUAUUAACUUCUUUUCCUGCACAAAUGUGAGAUUAUAUCUUGACAUUAAGUUUAUAUUACUUUCUGAUGAUACUCA